AUGGAAAACGAACGGCUAUUUGAGUAUGAAGACUACUUCUAUGAAAACCUCCCACUCAGGAUGAAGGGGCUAGGGUUGAUUAACAAGGCUGCGUACUCGAUCUUUUUGAAUGCUGAUAACGCUACUUCCGGGGAGCUUUUGUUUGGUGGGGUUGAUCAUUCCAAGUACGAAGGACAACUCACUACAGUGCCUGUCGUUCAGCGCGAUGCAAACACGGAUUCAUUCGUUGUUGUUCAUGACCUCUACAUUUCCGACAAUGGUGUCAAAAAGUAUGAUUUGACCUACUCCAACCCUUACAUAGCUCGGAUUAACGCUGCCCGCCCGUUCUCAAGCUUCACCCCAGAAGUUUUCGACAGUCUCGGUGUUGGUCCCAAGUUGAUCAAAGAGCCCACCACAAUGUACAAUAUGCCCUGUUCCCUUCACUCCCACUACUCCCUUAGUUUCAAUCUCAGUGGUGCCAUCAUCGACAUUCCUUACUCUGACCUUGUCACAACUGUCAACGGCUCAUGUUUCCUAGGAAUCCUCAACCAGAACGCCAGUUUCUCUAUGUAUUAUGAUUACUUCGAAUUGGGCCAGAACUUCUUGAGAAACGCAUACACUGUGUUUGACUUUGAAGAUGGAACCGUGUCGCUUGCUCAGGCCAAAUACUCUGAUGAAGAAGACAUAGAGGUCAUCUCGGACUCUAUCCCCAGUGCUUCAAAAGCAAAAUACUACACGGCUACUUCUUACAGCGGCUCCUACAAAUUGGGUUCGACAACUUCCACCACUGACUCGUCGUAUCCAACUAAUACGUACAAUUCGACCAUUGUAUCCGAGGCUGCGGCCACUUCUACUUCCGCCCAUGUCGAUACUUCUUCUCGUCUGGCUAAUACUGGGGAUGCUACUUCUUCUUCUUCUUCUUCUUCUUCUUCUUCUUCUUCUUCUUCUUCUUCUUCUUCUUCUUCCAAUGUGAUCUCCUCCUACUUUAAAGGUGGGGUAGUUUCUCAAAGCACCAGUUCAUUGAGGUUACUUAUUGUUCUCCUCGGCUACCUCUCCGUUAUUUUCAUUUUUUUUUUAAUAAACAUACAUACUUAA